AUGAGCAAGAACAGAGCCCCGAAUCUCGACCCGGAUCUGAAUUUAAACAACGAUAUUUGGAAUCUGUACUCGAGCGCGCAGAAAAUAUUGCCAGACUCAGAUCGUAUUUUGAACCUUUCUUGGCGCCUGCACAACCGCACGUCGUUCCAGCAUAUUAACCGCAUUAUGCAGCAUUCCAACUCUGCCUUGGACUUCUCUGCCUCGCCCUUUGCCGGGACUACGGCGGCGACGACUAACAACGAGACCGAUGACACUGACAACCAGCAGUUCUUCCUUUCGGACAUGAAUCUUAACGGCGCGUCCGUGUUCGAGAACGUGUUUGAUGAUGACGACGAUGAUGAUGAUGAUGAUGUGGAGACGCACUCGAUAGUGCACUCCGACCUGCUGAACGACAUGGAUGGGGGCGCCCACCGCCCCUUACACAAUGCUUCUGCCUUUCCCAACUUCCUGGACACCUCCUCGUCAUCCUCCUUUGACGACCACUUUAUUUUCACCAAUAACUUACCGUUUCUAAAUAGUAGUAGCAUUAAUAAUAAUCAUAAUCAUAAUAAUAAUCAUAAUAAUAACAACAACAACAACAACAUCAACAACAUCAUCAAUAACACCACCGCCAACAAUGUCGCCAACAGUCCCUUGCUGAGAAGAAAUCCCUCCCCCUCCAUAGUCAAGCCCGGCUCGCGAAGAAACUCGUCCAUUAGAAAGAAAAAGCCUGCGCUCAAGAAGAUCAAGUCUACGACGUCUCUUCAGUCGUCCGCCACGCCGCCCUCGUCGUCCAACGCCUCCUCCAAUCCGGAUAUCAAGUGCUCCAACUGCACCACCUCCACCACCCCGUUGUGGAGAAAGGACCCCAAGGGCCUGCCCCUCUGCAACGCCUGUGGCCUGUUCCUCAAGCUGCACGGUGUCACAAGACCGAUGUCCCUGAAAACAGACAUCAUCAAGAAGAGACAACGCUCCUCCGCCAAGAUAACCGCCAAUACAACCCCUCCUCCAUCAUCGUCCUCCGCAGCCGCAGGAGCAGCAUCAUCGAAAAAGAAAAACUACACCGCCAGCGUGGCCGCGUCUAAGAGGAAGAACUCGCUCAACAUCAUCACUCCCCUGAGGCCCCAGGACAUACCCAUCCCGAAGACCUCGUCGCCCUCCAUCCCACAACAUCUCCGUUCGAACAACAAUAACAAUAACAGCCACCACUUUUCGAGCUCCGCGCCCGUCGAGAUCGAGACACCCUUCUCCAGCUUCCAGCCCGACAUGAACAUGACCAUGAACAUGAACCUCCACAACACAUCCACCUCCGCCCUCAACAGUGAGGCCUUCUGGAAGCCCCUGGACGCUACCAUAGACCACCACGUGCCAGACACUACCCCGGGCUCGAACGCCAACACCACCCCGAACGGCAACCUGAGCCUGGACUGGCUGAAUCUCAAUUUAUAG